GCGAAAAUUAAUGAGAUGCUUGCCUUAAGUUACCCAUAUGGUUAUUCCAGAUAAUCCAUUGAAAAAUUUCGAUGGAACCACUCAAUGUAGACUCGUGAAAGUAAAAUGAUGUUACAUUAACAGUUAACCAUCUUGCUCAUUUGUACUUUCCUCUCACCCGAUGCUGUGAUUGAGAAUGUUUCCUAGGAGCACCAGUAUUAUUUUUUGAGUCCACCAACAGGAAGAUUUCAGUGACGAAAAAUGGAUCCUAUUGGGACCAGCUGUUUCAGCUUGAAUAUAGAAGAAAAUGCAAGGGCCAUUUUAGAAGAGAAAAAACAAGAUGAAAAGUUCCAAGAAAUAAUCGUCAGCUGUAGAUCUUUAAGUAGGUAUGAAGGCAAGAAGACAAAAACGUUGGUACCACAAUUGGUAGCAGCAUCUCUAGCAGCUUUAUAUCACUUAGUCGUGGGAAUAUCUUUGGCAUAUUCAGCGAUUUUGUUACCUCAAUUAAAAGAAGAUAAGGAUUUCAAUCUCACACCUACUGAAGAGUCAUGGAUAGCGAGUAUAAUAGUUUUGACAGUGCCCAUUGGCGCACCUAUUGGUGGUAUACUGAUGGACAUGAUUGGAAGACUAAAUACAGUUAAACUAGCAGCAAUUCCUGGUAUCAUAGGAUGGACUUUGAUAGCUACAGCUCACGAUCUGCCAAUGAUGCUGUUGGGAAGAGUUUUCAAUGGUUUCGCUUCAGCUCUAGGUACCGGACCUGCCAUUGUCUACCUCACAGAGAUAGCCAGAGCUGACAUGCGAGGUUCUUUGAUAUCUUUGGCACCAGCGUACACCUCAUUCGGAAUGGUGAUGGUUUACGCAAAGGGUUGGUUUAUGAAUUGGAGGACAGUUGCUUGGUUGUCUAACAUAUACACAAUUGUGCCAUGCAUAUUAAUAAUGUUCAUACCUGAGAGCCCAGCCUGGCUUGUGUCCAAAGGGAGAACCGAAGACGCCUUGAAGUCCCUCGACUGGAUCAAUAAAUACCAACCCCAACCUGAAAACAGGGCAGAAUCCCUAGCUGAGCUUCAGUUGGCAGCCCUACAGAAAGAGCACCAGAAAAAGAUGGAAUCAGAAGCUCUGACCGGUACAGGAAUAAUGACCAGGAUCAAAGAUUUCAUGAAACCGACUGGAUAUAAGCCUCUCAUCAUUCUCGUUGGACUCUUCUUCUUCCAACAGUUCGCUGGAAUAUACAUAACCCUAUUUUACUCCGUACAGCUAUUCAAAGAAGUAGGAAGUACAAUGAAUCCAUAUUUUGCAUCUGUUUUGCUCGGUUCGCUCAGGUGUCUGAUGUCUAUGGUGAACACUUACAUGCUAAGAACGUUCAGAAGAAGACCUCUGAUCAUGACAAGUGGAGUUGGUAUGGCAAUAUGCAUGUGUGUGUCAGCCCUUUUCACCAAGUGGAUACAACAAAAGGAGACCGACAUGACAUGGGUACCAGUUUUAGCCCUAGCAAUGUACGUGGUCACAUCCAUGAUAGGACUGCUGAGCAUCCCAUGGACAAUGACUGCAGAACUCUUCCCGAUAGAGAUCAGGGGCAUAGCGCACAGCAUCACCAAUGCGUUCGCCAACCUCCUCAUGUUCUUCUCCAUACAGAGUUACUACAGUCUUACUGCCCUUUUAGGUGGAGUAUCCGGUAUCCAGUACUUCUUUGCUGUCAUUUCCGUGGGAGGAGCGAUUUAUUCCUACGUUUUCCUACCCGAAACCCACAUGAAGAAGCUGAGUCAGAUUCAGGAGUACUUCCUCCACAAUACGAUGUACUUAGGGCAAAAGAAAAAACCGAAGAGAUCGUCUUCACACGCCAGAAAACGGAUAUCAAACAAAGACAUAGUGAAAACUAACGAUAAAUCCCAAAACCAAGUAUUACUAACUUAACAAUUCCGAUAGAAUCUAAACAGGAACUCCUCUUUACAGAGUGUCCCAGUUUCAACCCAGACAACGGCAGUUUUGGUCUUAAUUCAACAAUUAAUGUUAGGCAAUUGAUUGAUUUAAGGGAAUCUCGUCGCAAAAUAACCAUGAUUCAAAUUCCAUGACCAAUGAGACCGUUAAAACUCAUUAAACCAUUCUCAUGACAUGCAAUUUUAGCUGACAGAAUUUUUAUUAUUCCAGUGAUCUUUCUUCUUUUGAAUUUCUUUUAAUUGACAUGUACUUAAGAAUAUCAGGGACCAUGAUAAAUGUGAAAUUUAUAGUGAUAUCUUCUAUCAAUAAAUGUUGUGGAUUAAUUCA